AUGAGUAAUUUAAUUGAUCUUGAUCUUCAAAUUGGCCUAGUAAUUAAGGCAUGGAUGACUAUGAAUUACGCAUUAUUAGCAGGAUUGCAAUUUUCUAGAAAUAUUUUUCUACUAUUCUCAUUAUACGAUCCUUGCGUAGUGAUUACAACAACGAUUAAUUGUAAAUUGCAAGGAUUUCCCAUCAUAUAUUGCUAUUUACAUGGAGCUGUACUUGUUUUCAUAUUAUCAUUAUUGACAUUAUGGCCAAUGAAGGAAGACCGUCGAUUAUUAUCAUGGGCAAGUUCAUGUUCAAUAUGGUAUUCGGUUAUCGCAGCUUUAUGUAUUGCAGCGACUUUGAUUUUUACUGCUUUUGACGCCGAUCAUUCAAGUAUUCUUCAACAGGAUGUUAUAUCCAUUGAAACUCUAAUAUGGCAAAUUUCUUUCUUAUUCAGUGGAAUAUUUGUGAUCUACCAAUUUGCCGCAAAUUGUGUCUGUGAGCAGUGUCUGUUUAUUGCAUUCGAGUUAUCAUUUUUUGUUCUCCCGCUAACAGUUUCGUUCAUUCAUCCACUCCUUAUCAUUUGGCACAUACUGCCUCUUCGUAAUGCUGCCGUUCGUAUAUUUCCUGCUUUAUCAUUCAUUGUUCCUGAAUAUUCUUUUGUUCCGCCACCGCCAGUUCAUGGAUUAAUUUCGUCAAAUAAUUAUCAUAACAAUUAUCAUGAUUCUUCUGGUUAA